GAGGCAAAUGGCACUAAUAACCUACUGAUCACUGGAAUGUCCUCUAGUGAUGUUUUAUUAACACCCACAAUAGCUGAACUCUCAACACCCCUGAAAUUCAAUGAUUUCUUGAGCGUUACUGUUGAAGCCAUGGAACUAAUGCAAGUGUUUUAAAAGUAAACAUUAAUAAUACCUGUGGUGGCUGUGAAAUAUAUGCAGAAUCUAUUGAAAACAUGACAAUUGCUAAUCUAUAUGUCAAAAAAGCGAAUAAUAAUAGGUUCGGUUCAAUUUGCUUUAAUUUUGGCAUGUCAGGCACCAUACAAAUUUUUAACUCAAGUUUUAAACAAGAGGAUCCACACAAUGAUUAUGGAUUCCUUCGUUUGGGAGCACUG